GGCGACCCGUAGGGUUCAUCCCCAAGACAUGGGAACAGAAUGGAACAGAUAAGUCAAGCACUGAGAUGCUUUUUGACUUUUCACCAUGACGUGUUUCUAUGUUUUGGCCGAUCCCUUUUUUCGCACGACUUUUGACCAGCGUUGGCUCAGCUUCAUACUCCUCUUGUUCGACCCUCCCUAAUUUUUCUCCGUUGGCCAUGGCAACUAGCUGCGACAUGGAGAAGGUGGCAGCAGUGCUCAGUGACUUCAACUCUGAAGUCUUGGCAGAUGAGGCGAAGACCAAAGACAUCCAAAACCAGCUGAUCCAGUGCUCCACUUCCAGUGCUGAAGCAAAAAAAGCCUUGGAGGAACGGACGGAACUGCUUCGUUCGAAGGUCGAAGAAGCAGCUGCUGCCUUGGAGAACAGCCAGACCUCAGAGCGUCAAGUCCUCUCAGCGCUGGAGGCCAAGGUGAAGACUCUGAUGGAAACUCAGGCGGAGUUGCAGUCCGUGGAAGAAGAGAAGACAAAGCUCGAGAGUUCCAGUCAGGCAGAGCUUCUCGUGACCAAGGAGCUGAGGGAGGCCAAGGUGAAGAAUGUCUCGAAUGAGGAUGUCUUCUCCAGCCUGGUAGCUGGGACACCUGAAGACAUGGAAGAGAAGCUUAGCAGCCUCAAGAGCUACUUGCAGGAGAUCGGUUGCGAGAAGACCUUGGUGUGCGCCGCGCAGGGGCUCAGUACUCCGCCGGAGGGGCGCGGUGACUUCGAUCAGAUGGCCAUCAACUGCAUCAAGGAGGAAUUGCUGGAGAAGAUGCAGCAGGUGGAGGCCCAGCUCUCUGCGCGGGCGCCGGGCGAGAAGCAGUUGUUGGCGGAGCUUUUAGGCCUGGAAGCCUUGCAUGAGAUCUGUGUCCAGAAGGCCAAGCUGGCUGAGGAGGCACAUCACCAGGUGGAAACGGAGAUGAAGGGCUUCAAGAAUGAGAUCAAGCUUGGCAAACAUCACCUGAAGCAGGUCACAAAGGAGCUGGAGGCUGUGAAGGAGAAAUGGCAGGUCGAGGAGCAGAAGGCUUCGACCAUCCAGGAGGCCUCCGCCGCGUUCGAUCGCCUCAACGCCGACACGACCAAGACGUCGGGCACGACGACGGAGACAUUGGAGCCUCCGGCCAAGCGCAUGCGCAUGGAGGAGAUUCAGGAUGAGCCAACCAAGGAGAUGAAGUUGGAAGCCCAGGUGGCUAGCCCCGCACGUGUGCGAGUGAGCACCGGUGGAGACCACCACAGAUGAAGUGGAGACAACCAUUUGUGCAGCACCGUGCAGCCGGCCAAAAAGGCGGUCUUAAUUCGAAGCCGAGGCUGAACUCAUUGGGUUGUUUGGGGGCCAGGCCAUUGUGGGUGCUGCGUGCAUGGCAGGCAGCUUCUCGGAGGCCCAACAAAACACCCAUUGGUAAGGGUUCAACUGAUGGUUUCGGCCCUGUACGUUUUCUGUUUCGAAAUUCACCGCAUCGACCGUUUUCAGCCAAAACUAGCGGCUGAAAGACGGCUUGCCAUGUCGGAUGCAGUCAACAUCAAAGAAGAGCAGCAGAAGACAAAA